AUGGACAUCCUCUUGUCUUUAUUCCUUUUACUCAGAGAGAGAGAGAGAGAGAGACACUUCGUGUUGGUCCACGGGGCUUGCCACGGAGCUUGGUGCUGGUACAGAGUGGCCACCCUCCUCAAGUCCUCAGGCCACAAGGUGACUGCCUUGGACAUGGCCGCUUCAGGUGUCAAUCCAAAGCAAGCUCGAGAUUUGAAUUCGAUCGUGGAAUACGUGGAGCCUCUCUUCGAAUUCUUGGAGGGUCUGCAUCAGGAAGAGAAGGUGAUUUUGGUGGGGCAUAGCAUGGGAGGGCUUGUCCUGUCGAUGGCCAUGGAGAGAUUUCCCGAGAAAGUAGAUGUUGCGAUUUUUGCUGCUGCUUUCAUGCCUGGUCCUGAGCUGAGUAUCCGGUCCAUCCGUGAAGAGAAUGAGCGCAGAUUCGAAAAUCGCAUGGACAUGGCAUACGCUUUUGAUGAUGGCCCUUCACGACCUCCCACUUCCAUGUUAUUCGGAUUUGAUGUUCUCUCUUCCAAGCUCUAUCAACUCUCCCCACCUGAGGACUUGACUUUGGCGUCCUACUUAGUGAGGCCAUUUCGUCUGUACCCUGAUGAAGCCAGGAUGGAGGAGGAAGCAGCAGCAGCAGUGACAAAGGGCAAAUACGGCACUGUUCGCCGGGUCUACAUCGUGUGCGACCAGGACCUUGCCAUAAAGGAAGACGUACAUAGAUGGAUGGUGGAGAUGAACCCGCCAGAUGAAGUGAAGGUGAUCUCUGGCUCAGAUCACAUGGUCAUGUUCUCUAAGCCACAUGAGCUUUGUGAUGCUCUUGGAGAGAUUGCUGAAUGUUAUUGCUCUUGAGAUCCGUGGCCAUGCAAGUUCUCUCAUCACCAUGAA